GUCCGUUUCCUCCGCACGCGCUCCUCCCCUAUCCCAUACGGCAACUCCUGCUCUCUCGCUUAUAAUUAAUCUCCGCUUCCCCUCCCUCCCUCCCCACCCCCAAAUUCUACCGUAAGCGGGCCUCCUUCGCCUCCCCGAUCUGAAUGGAGGAAGGAGGAGAGAGCCCCCGCCGGACCCGGGCCCUCCACCGGCCGUCGCCCUCGUUCCGCCUCCGGAGCCCCAGCCUCAACACCGUCCGCCUCCGCCGCGUCUUCGACCUUUUCGACCACAACGGCGACGGCGAGAUCACCGUCGACGAGCUCGCCCUCGCCCUCGACCGCCUCGGCCUCGGCGCCGACACCGACGAGCUCGCGUCCACCGUCGCCGCCUUCAUCCCCCCCGGGCGCGCCGGCCUCGCCUUCGACGACUUCGAGGCCCUCCACCGCUCCCUCGGCGACGACCUCUUCGGCGCCGCGGACCCCGGCGACGAAAAGGCCGCGGCGGCGGCAGAGGAGGAGGAGCAGGACAUGAGGGAGGCGUUCCGGGUGUUCGACGAGGACGGCGACGGCUUCAUCUCGGCGGCGGAGCUCCAGGUGGUGCUGGCCAAGCUCGGCCUACCGGAGGCGCGGAACAUCGCUAGGGUCCACGAGAUGAUUUGCUCCGUCGAUCAGGACCGCGACGGACGGGUGGAUUUCCGCGAGUUCAAGCACAUGAUGCAGGGGAUCUCCGUGUGGAGCGCCUGAUGGACCGUCCAUGAUACGCCUUCUGCCAAUCGUGAGGGCGUGUCUUUGGAGAACCAGGGGGUGGAAUUAGCAACUCUCCUAUUUUCCUCUAUCCUUUUUCUUUUAGUUUACUUGGCGUUGUUUUGUAAGUCGUUGUAUAUUUGGGUGUCUAAUUAACAUUUUGACUUGGUCAAUAUGGGUGAAGCAUAUUGCUAACAUUGCCAAA